AUGAUGGCAGCUCACAUUAUCCCCACGCAGGUAUCCUCGCGGUCAGGAUCUCUUAGUACUUCCCCGCCCGAGCUCGCGCUCCCUGUACCUUUACUCUCCAGCCUCAUCCGCGCCCGUUCUGCUCGUCCCCGGACCGAGUGUCUUGACGUCGAAGAACAAUUUCCCAAACAGACUCGGCGCGGUUCCAUCCUUAGAAAGCUGGCGGGCCCACGUGAGAACGCGAAGCGCUUCCUUCGCCUGCGGUCGUCGGGAGUUCAAUCGCCCAUUCCCCCGCAUCGAUUACCCCCGUGCUCUACCCGGCCCAGGCCCGUUUCUGAGAUUAUCCUCUCGCCGUCGGACCCAAGGAUCUCCCCUCCGGCGGAUAGUCACAUGCGUCCUGAUUCCGCCAUGACUACCGACGUUCUUCCUCGAGCGGUUCAAGACCUCCCGAGUGCCACCGCGACCCCGGAAUUGACAACGCCCUUCCAACCACUUCGCAACGAGAAGAUCGUCGCCACCGGUAGUGGCUUGACGGUGGGCAUCGCCCUGACCGAGCCUGUGCUAUAUCUACAAGGCUAUGACCAGAAUGACCCAUCUUCAAAGAAGUCCGCGAUUCUGCGAGGGCAAAUGCAUUUGAAGGUCACCAAGUGUGUCAAGAUCAAGAAGAUCUCCAUCUGCUUCCGCGGCCAUGCGCAGACAGAUUGGCCAGAUGGCAUCCCUCCGAAAAAGAUCCAUUUCCACGACAAGAAAGACCUUUUCACUCAUGGCGUCGUCUACUUCAACCAUGGAGAUACCGCGUUGAUGCAAAACGACUACGGAGCGCAUUACUACAAGCACGCCAAACCCGCAUCACCCGUGCCAGGUGGCAAGGACGGAGUCUCCUUAACGACUCGAGAAUUAUUUUCCAAGAGUAACUCCGUCACUUCUCUCGGCUCGACCACCGCUAGAGAUGCCAAGCGCCUUUCUGCUCAGAUCCCGCGCGGCCAUUCACGAAGUUUCAGCAAGAAUGAGCCUCCCGUUAGUUCGCAUUCUCAACCGCAGCGCAACUACCGCAUGUUCCCCGUGGGCGAUUAUUUGUAUAGUUUCGAAUUUCCAAUCGAUGGCUCUUUGCCCGAAACGAUCAAAACAGAUCUGGGCUUUGUGAGGUAUGAUCUGGAGGCCAUUGUGGAGCGGUCGGGCGCAUUCCGGCCCAAUCUGUUGGGCACGAUGGAAAUCCCCGUGAUUCGCACCCCGGCCGAGGGUUCAUUGGAACAGGUCGAGCCUAUCGCUAUUUCACGGAACUGGGAGGAUCAGCUUCACUAUGACAUUGUCAUUUCUGGCAAAUCUUUCCCGCUGGGUUCUCAAAUUCCGAUUGCGUUCAAGUUAACUCCACUGGCAAAGGUUGAAUGUCACCGCAUCAAGGUCUACGUCACGGAGAACAUUCAGCAUUGGACCUCUGACAAGAGCGUCCAUCGGUUGCAGCCGGCGAAGAAGGUACUGCUGUUCGAGAAACGUGCGGAAUCCGCCAGUACCAGUACGUACCCCGGCAGCUCCAUGCGUGUCACCGCCGGGGGUGGUAUCGAUUGGGACCACCGCGCGGCUGCCGCCAGAGGAGAGGAGAUCGUGGAUCGAACUCGCACCAAUUUGCUGGGCAAUCUCUCCAGCGACUCCUCCGGUGUUGGACCGACGGAAAUGGAGUUCAAUGUUCAAUUACCGAGCUGUCACGAGAUGAAGGGCCGUGAUGAGGGGCAGCGCCUGCAUUUCGAUACCACUUAUGAGAACAUCCAAAUCAACCACUGGAUCAAGAUUGUGCUUCGUCUUUCCAAGAUCGACGAACGGGAUACAGGUAAACGAAGACAUUUCGAAAUCUCCAUCGACUCGCCCUUCCACAUCUUGUCCUGCAAGGCUACACAGGCAAAUAUUUUCCUCCCCGCUUAUACGAGACCGGCAACCAAUCCGGAGCCACCAGCCCAGGAGUUCGAAUGCGGCUGCCCUGGCGCACCCGUCGCAUCGCGCGAGUACUCAAUCGCUCAGUCCAACUCUGACCGUGAAGACGCUUCGACCAAUAUGCCUCGCCGAGCCUCAAUAGCAGGUGGGCCGGUCGCUCGAAGCUUCACGAAUGGAUCCGGUGGCCUUGCCCGGCCCCCACAGGCCCAUCUAGCUCAUGAAGAGAGCAGACGGGAUUUGCAGCGGGAUGCUCCGAGUUUACGAGAUGCUCAGCGUGUUCCUCGCCCCAUGCAUCUCCUCCGCACGCCCUCAUUCGCCCCUCCCGCUUUCGAUGAUGUCCCACCGCCACCUCCCCUCGUCACUCCUCCGCCGGAGUACACAAGCAUCGUGGGCAACAACGACCGCGAGACGGUACUGGAAGACUAUUUCUCCCGGUUGUCAUUUUACGAAGACCAGGACGAGGACGACCGGGGUCGAGGCCGCGUUGACGUCCCUCUUACCCCAGGCGGCCGCGUCAACCGAAGCAUGGACGUCCCCCGAGAGUGGGUGCGUCUCGACGACUUCGCGUCCACAUAA